AUGAAAAGAAUAUAAAUCCUUUUGCCUUCAUUUGCCAUGUAUACUCUCUUUUGAUUAUUUCUAGACUUAUAGGAAUUGUAACCCUUAUGACUAGAAGAAAGUCGGAUGCAUUACAAAAAUUCCUAGGUUAUGCGGCCAUUUUAAUAGGAAUAGGGUAAUUAUUCAAAUUAUUUGUUUUAGUAUAUUCAUGUAUAGCUCAAAAGCAAUUUUGUUAUCAAUGGUAUAAUGUUUCAUAAUCCAAUUAGUAUCAAAAAUUUAUUCAAGAUGAAGUUAACAUCUAACUCCAGUAGCCCAAGAAGCUGAACCAAAAGUAAUAAUAAAAAAAAAAAUCAUAAUACAAAAGUGAUUAAUAAUAGAAAUCUCAGCAACAAUAAAAGCAAUAACUUAGAUAAUCUGAAUAAAAUCAACAAAUAGAACAAGAUUCACCUCAAUCAUCAGAAGAGGAAGUCUAAGAAGAUGAGUAAAAACAGAUUGAAUUACAAAAAUAAGCAGAAUUAGAAAAGCAAAAAUUACUACAAGCCGAAUAAAGUGCAAAAUAAACAAAGCAAAAAAAAUCAGAAGCAGACAAAUAAAAAUCAACAACUUAAAAAGAAGAUUCAUAAAUUCAAAGACCACAAUAAUAACCUAUACAAUAAAAGGCUCCAACUUUAAAAGAAAAGAUUGUAAAUAUUAGUUUAUAUUUAGAAUCCUUAAACCCAAUAAGAGAAAAAAUAGAAAUAAAAAUAAGAAAAAUAAAAAUUUCGAGUAGAGAUUGAAGAGGAUGAAAAUGAUGAAGAAUGGGUAGAAGUUGGUAACAAAAAAAAGCUUCCCCCAUAAUAAUAACAAAAACCAUAAUAGUAAUAAUAAGAGAGAAACUAGUAAUAAGGAAUUAAAUAAACAUAAGGUAAUUUUUUCUUAAUCUUAGACUUAAAACAAGAGGAUACAAAGUAGCAAGUGAUCAAAGGUUAACCAUAAGUUCAACCCUAGAAAUAGCAACAAUAGCAAUAAAACAUACCUUAAAAACCACAAUAACCAUAAUAACCACAAUAACCCAUAGUAAGCUCUUCUUAAAAGGUUUAGUAACCAAAAUAAUAAUAAUAAACAUAACCAAUUGUCUAAUCACAAUAAAAAUCUAUUAACUAAGUCUAAGAUUAGUCCAAAUAAAAACAGAAUGAGAAUGAUAAAAUUUAAAGUAAAUAACAAAAAAAGCAAUUAAAAAAAAUUGCUGAUGACCAAAAUGAUGAGGAAGAAGGUUGGAUAUCUGUUGAGCCAAAAUAAAUGAAAAAUAUGUAAUUAUUAUAUUUUAUUUUGCAGAAACAAAGAAUAAGAUUCAUCCUAAUAAGAAGUAGAAGAAGUUAAAUAAACAAAAAAAAAAGGAUUGUUUACAAAAGAAGAAUACUAAUAGUUAAAAGAUGAGGCUAAAAAGAUUGAGGAAGCAUAUAAAUUGAGAAUUCAAUAAAUAGAAGAUAUCCAUAGAGCAAAGGUCAUUUCUAAACACACUUAAUAUGAAAUCAAGAAUGCAGAUUAGUUAUUCAAAACAUAAUAUGUUGCCGCACCCCCAAAAAUUGAAUAUAAAAUGCCUGAGGUUUAGCCAAAAUUUAUGACAAGAGAGGAAAUAGAUUAAUUAAUCUAAGCCAAAAUGCCUAAAACUAAAUUUGCUGGAUCUAAUGAAGUUUUUGUAGAAAAGUCAGAACCACUCCCAAAAUAAAUUGUGAAAUCAACAGAAACUAAAUAAAUUUAAUUCAAAUCCAAAAUUAAUUUCCUUAAACCAAUCUAACAAGAGACAAAGGAGUAGAAAAUAUUUACUGAUCCUCCUAUUACAUUUGAAACAAAUAAAGACACUUCAAAACCUUUCUUCACAACUUAAGUUGUUCUAACAGUUAAUUCAACUGGUAAAGAUCUUUUUGGACGAGUCAAGAAAUUUAGAAGGCCAGUAUAAGAAAAAAAACAAUCUGAGCAAAAAUAAAAGGAAAUUUAUCAAGUAAAAGCAAGUGAAUUGAAUUCAAAAACAAAAGACCAAGAGGAAAGUUAAUAAACAGGGUCAAAUUAAAAAUAAAAGCCAGCUUCAAAAAAUCCAGAAAAUUAAAGCUCAGAGAAGCCAAUAGUUUAAACAUAAAAGUAGCAAGAUUUGUAAGAUAGUGAAAAAAAACCUACAAGUUCCAUAUUGCUAAAUAAAUCUGAGACUUAAGAUUAAAAGCAUGAAAGUGCAAAUACAAAAAAACCAUAAGUGAGGUUUGAAGAAAAACCUAUAUAUGAACCAAAAAUCCAAAAACCAAAAGAAUAAGAUCCAUAGGAUACUACCCCUUAAAACCAAAACCCCCAAGAUUAAAAAUAAAAGUCAAAUUAAAAAUAAAAGCAACCUUAAAAAAAUUAAUAACCGUAACAAAGAGAUUUAUAUGAAGUUAAGCAACCUCAACAGGUUUAAAAAGUGGUUUAGAAAAAACCAGGUAAGCAAUCUUCAAAUGAACUUUAUGUACCAAAAGUGAAAGAAAUAGAUGAAAAAAUAAUACAAAAUCAAAAUAAUGAAAUAAAGCAAGAUGAUAAUUAAAAUUAAAAUAUUUAAAUCAAACUGGACGACAAACAUAUUCAAUAAGAACCUUUAUAAAUAUCAGAAUAAUAAGAGAUAAAUAUUCUAAAUGAAAUAGAUAUUGAGGCCGAAUUGAACCUUUAAAGUGGAAACCAAGAAAUAUAAAUCGAACUAUAAUCAGGAAAUUUAGAAUAAAAUAUACUUAAUGAAAAUGAAUAAAUACAUGCACAAAAUUAAAUUUAAUAAAAUAUAGUUGAAUAAAUUGUUUAAACUGGUUCAAAUUAACCUUAAUUCGUAGAAGAAGAAGAGGUAUUUGUAAGUAAGGAUAAACCAGUUGAAAAUAGAGAACAUACUUAAUAAUAAUCAGAGAAUGUUGUUGAAUACAUUGUUCAAACAGGAUCAAAUUAACCUUAAUUCGUAGAAGAAGAAGAAGAAGUAUUUGUCAGUAAAGAUAAACCAGUUGAAAAUAGAGAAAAUACUCAAUAAUAAUCAGAAAAUGCUGUUGAGUAGAUCGUUCAAACUGGAUCAAAUUAACCAUAAUUUGUAGAAGAAGAAGAGGUGUUUGUCAGUAAGGAUAAGCCGGUUGAAAAUUAAUAAAACACUUAAUAAUAAUCAGAAAAUGCUGUUGAAUAGAUCGUUCAAACUGGAUCAAAUUAACCAUAAUUUGUAGAAGAAGAAGAAGUAUUUGUUAGUAAAGAUAAACCAGUUGAAAAUAAAGAAAACACUCAAUAAUAAUCAGAGAAUAUAGUUGAAUAAAUUGUUUAAACUGGUUCAAAUUAACCUUAAUUCGUCGAAGAAGAAGAAGUAUUUGUCAGUAAAGAUAAACCAGUUGAAAAUCAAGAAAAUACUUAAUAAUAAUUAGAGAAUGUUGUUGAAUAGAUUGUUCAAACUGGCUCAAAUUAACCUUAAUUCGUAGAAGAAGAAGAGGUAUUUGUUAGUAAGGAUAAACCAGUUGAAAAUAGAGAGAAUACUUAAUAAUAAUAAGAGAAUGUUGUUGAAUAGAUUGUUCAAACAGGGUCAAAUUAACCAUAAUUUGUAGAAGAGGAAGAAGUAUAUGUGAGCAACGAUAAACCAAUAGAAAAUAUUUAAACUAAUACUGAAUCUAAAAAAUCUGUUCAACUAUAAUAAGGGGUUUAAUAAUAAGAAUUAGACAAUGAAGUCGAAAUUAUAUAGAAAGGCGAAUUGCUUCAAGUUCAAAAUGAUAGUACCGAAUUCAUACCUGCCUAAUAGUUAUCUUCUCAACAAUAAAAGCAAGAUUUCAAUUAGAAACUCCUUUCGAAAUUAGAUGCUCCUAGUCCAAUCGAUAGAGAAUAAAAAAUAACCUCAAUGUCAAAUAUCAUGCAAAAUGAAUUUUCUUAAGAUAUAAGAGAGGACUCGUCUUUUCUUGCUGAAAUGGAUUAAAAAUAAAGAGUUUUACCUGGAUAUUUAGACUUAACUUUUAAUAGUAGAAAGAAAUUAAUAAAUAAAAAUAUACCUGUUACUUAUCGAACAGAACCAGGAUACGAAAACAUUUUAGAAUUAGAAACUAUGAGUUUAAUUUUGGAUGGAUGCAAAGAAAUAAUUGCUGAUGAAUACGUAAGUUAUUUAGACAAUGUAAGAAAAAUUAGAAGAAAUGCAUUAAACUAAAAAAGAUUUACUGAUUAUAUUAAAUAUGUUAUUCAGAUGGCUGAGGAAUAAUUUAGGAUAAUCUAAGAAGGCUUUAAUUGUAUUGCACAGAGUUUGAAUAUUAAUGAAGAAGCAUUUUAGAAUUCUUUUGUAUUUUAUUCACAGCAUGAAGAAUUUGGAAAAGAAUUCGUAGAAUAAUUAACGUUUGUUCAAUAAAAUAUGAAAGAUAUUCCUUAAAUCAAAGUCUCCUUAAGAAAACAAUAAGGAAUCGAACUUAUGAAAUAUCAAAUAGAUGUUAUAGAAUCAUAUACUAAGCAUGAAUACUUUGGUUAAAUUUUAGAUCUUUUUAAUGUAAUUUUUUUAAAUUAAUUAUUAGGAAAUGGAAGAUGUUUAAGAUGCUAAACCAAUUCUAUUAAAUACAUUAAUUGAUGACGUAAUUUUUGAAAAAUAUGGAUAUGAGGAAGAAGAUAAAAUUAAUUUUAUGAGUAAAAAUUAUAAUUAUUAUGUAGAAAAAUAUCACAACGACAAAGAAGUUAAGAGUCUGCAAGCUAAAUAAGAGAAUUUAGUUGAAAAUUUAUUCAAUAUUUAAUUGGAAUGACUAUUUUUACAUAUACAAUAAAUGAG